AUGACUCAGCAGAUGUAUGUUGCAAUACAUGGAUGGCUCUCAAAGUCGGAGCAAGGGCCUGUCCAAAUCUGUGAGGGCAGUCACGAACGCGAACACCACCACGACACAGCACUAGCGCACGACCAUCUGGAUCAACUGGUUGCUGUUCAGAAGGCAACACUGACCAAGGAAAUGUACUCCGGCGCUACCGUCUACCGAUUCCAUUUUGUGGAAGGAAAAUGGAAAACGCACAACUUCGAAUAUGCAAUAAGUGGCAAGGACAACGUGUUUCAGCCAAAUCCCUUAUUGGUGCAACAGCUUUUUGAGCUGCACGUUGAUUUUCGGAAAGAUUCUGCACGCAAAUACACCUCUCUGAUGUCAUUCCGUUAG